GUGAGUCAGACACCUCGGUUGCUUGCUAGACAAACUAGCCGAACCAAAAUAGCUCUUUCGACGCUUUCGUGUAUAUUAGACACUGUGUUUUAAACCCAUUUCUAUCGUCUAGUUAGUUAUCCGAUUUAAUUUCAUAUUUACGGUGUUGUUGUUAUUAUUCAGCUAGCGGGGUGGUUCAGUUAGCAUUAGCCUAGCUAACAUCCCCGACCAUGCGGUCACUAAGCUACUCUCCUUCUAAUGAAGAGAAGGAUAUCACAGUAAAACAAGAAGUAGGGAGUGGGGCCUCUGCUGUGAAAGAAGAGGAGGACGCGUUCACAGUGAAAGAGGAUGGUGUUACAGUGAAAGGAGAGGAUGUAGUUUAUGGCGUGAAAGAGGAGGGGGAGGAGAUGACUGUUACAUCGAAAAAGGAGGAGGAGGGAGAAGAGGAGGAACCUGGAUAUCUGGGCCCGGUUUCCCAAACGCAUCGUGAGGCAUCCAAUGGUUCUAACGAAGAAUUUAGCCUUAAGAUGGUUUUGAAAAACCGUUCCCCGAUUAACACUAGAGAGAGACGUGACUAUCGUGGAUCCUCUGGGGAGCCUCAACAACCUCAUGAUGCUGAGGAGACAGAGAAGAGUCUCUCCAGAUCAGAACACCUCAAUAAACACCCGCAGAGACCCACAGGGAAGAGAACUCACUGCUGCUCUGACUGUGGGAAGAGAUUCACAUCAUCAGGCAUUAAAAUUCAUCAGAGAACACACACAGGAGAGAAAUCUUAUGGCUGUGGUCAAUGUUGGAGGAGUUUUACAACAUUAAUCUCUCUGAAAGUACACCAGAGAACACACACAAGAGAGAAACGUUAUAGCUGUGAUCAUUGUGGGAGGAGUUUUGUUUAUGCUUGCCAUCUGACUCAACACCAGAGAACACACACAGGAGAGAAAUCUUAUAGCUGUGAUCAAUGUGGGAAGAGAUUUGCUACACCUGGCCACCUGACUCUACACCAGAGAACACACACAGGAGAGAAUCCGUAUCGCUGUGAUGAAUGUGGGAAGAGAUUUGCUACAUCUGGCCACCUGACUAUUCACCAGAGAACACACACAGCAGAGAAACCUUAUAACUGUGGUCAAUGUGGGAGGAGUUUUCGUCGAUCUGGAGAUCUGACAGUGCACAAGAGAAUACACACAGGAGAGAAACUUUAUAGCUGUGAUCAAUGUGGGAAGAGAUUUGCUACAUCUGGCAACCUGACUCUACACCAGAGAACACACACAGGAGAGAAACCUUAUAGCUGUGAUCAAUGUGGGAAGAGUUUUACUUCAUCUGGCAAUCUGACUCAACACCAAAGAACACACACAGGAGAGAAAUCUUAUAGCUGUGAUCAAUGUGGGAAGAGAUUUAAUCAGUCACACAGCCUGAUAUACCACCAGAGAAUACACACAGGAGAGAAACCUUAUAGCUGUGAUCAGUGUGGGAAGAGAUUUAAUCAGUCACACAGCCUAAUAUACCACCAGAGAAUACACACAGGAGAGAAACCUUAUAGCUGUGAUCAAUGUGGGAGGAGUUUUAGUCGAUCUGGAGAUCUGACAGUGCACAAGAGAGUACACACAGGAGAGAAACCUUAUAGCUGUGAUCAAUGUGGGAAGAGUUUUGUUCAAACUUGCCAUCUGACUCAACACCGGAGAACACACACAGGAGAGAAACCUUAUAGCUGUGAUCAAUGUGGGAAGAGAUUUGCUACACCUGGCCACCUGACUCUACACCAGAGAACACACACAGGAGAGAAUCCGUAUAGCUGUGAUCAAUGUGGGAAGAGAUUUGCUACAUCUGGCCACCUGACUCUACACCAGAGAACACACUCAGGAGAGAAACCUUAUAGCUGUGGUCAAUGUGGGAAGAGAUUUGCUUCAUCUGGCAACCUGACUCGACACCAGAGAACACACACAGGAGAGAAACCUUUUUGCUGUGGUCAAUGUGGGAGGAGUUUUAGUCGAUCUGGAGAUCUGACAGUGCACAAGAGAAUACACACAGGAGAGAAACCUUAUAGCUGUGAUCAAUGUGGGAAGAGUUUUGUUCAAUCUGGCCAUCUGACUCAACACCAGAGAACACACAGGAUUGAAAUCCCAUAGCUGUGACCAGAGAUAAUCUGAUUAAAGAUCAAAUAUUAGAAAAUACAUACAAGAAGUAGUUGUUUCAUGAUUUCAAUUAAUUUAUGUCACAAUGUAGAAUUUUUUUUAACAUUGUAGUAAGAGUAUUGUAAUGAUUUCACAAUGUGGAAGCCUAAACGUGUGCCCACUUAUGAAUUGAUAUCAACAUGUUAUGGAUAUUAGAGUACUAUUUAUGUGAUUUAACAAAAAUUAACUAACAAAAAAAGAGAUUGGAUCAAAUCAAAUUUAUUUAUAAAGCCCUUCUUAUAUCAGCUGAUAUCUCAAAGUGCUGUACAGAAACCCAGCCUAAAACCCCAUACAGCAAGCAAUGCAGGUGUAGAAGCACGGUGGCUUGGAAAAACUCCCUAGAAAGGCCAAAACCUAGGAAGAAACCUAGAGAAGAACAAGGCUAUGGGAGGUGGCCAGCCCUUUUCUGGCUGUGCCGGGUGGAGAUUAUAAGAACAUGGCCAAGAUGUUCAUAAAUGACCAGCAUGGUCAAAUAAUAAUAAUCACAGUAGUUGUCGAGGGAGCAACAGAUCAACACCUCAGGAGUAAAUGUCAGUUGGCUUUUCAUAGCCGAUCAUUAAGAGUAUCUCUUCCAUUCCUGCUGUCUCGAGAGAGUUGAAAACAGCAGGUUUGGGACAGGCAGCACAUCCGGUGAACAGGUCAGGGUUCCAUAGCCACAGGCAGAACAGUUGAAACUGGAGCAGCAACACGGCGAGGUGGACUGGGGACAGCAAGGAGUCAUCGUCUCAUGUAGUCCUGAGGCCUGGUCCUAGGGCUCAGGUCCUCCGAGAGUGAGAAAGAAAGAAUUAGAGAGAGCAUACUUAAAUUCACACAGGACACCGGAUAAGACAGGAGAAGUACUCCAGAUGUAUCAAACUGACCGUAGCCCCCUGACACAUAAACUACUGCAGCAUAAAUACUGGAGGCUGAGACAGAAGCUCCGCAGUGAGGUGGAAAGUUAUUACGGAUAUCGCAGGAGUUUCCUCUUGAAAUCAGAUAUGUCCGUGGUAAGGAAAACUUGGUUGCUGAUUAUCUCUGGGGUGGGCAGUCAAAAAGAUUUGUGUUUUGCGUUGAGCCAGUGUGUUUAUUUGGAGUUUUAUCUCUUAUUCUUUUCCGUAUUGAAACUGCACUGUUGGUUAGGGGCUCAUAAGGAAGCAUUUCACUGUUGUAUUCGGUGCAUGUGACUAAUACAAUUUGAUCUGAGUUUUGUUUGGGCUCGUUCCAAGAGGACGAGAGUUCUAGAAGCUAGUGAGUUGUAGGAUUCUAUAGAAAGAAAAAGGAGAAAAAAAUAACAUGAUUGUUUAUUAUUAUUUAGGAAUAGGUGUUUUUCUUGUUUUUAAUUGUUGACAGCCAGUAGACACCAUGUUUAUAUUGGUGAAGGUGAAGCAUUGUAGUUGAUUAUAAUGUGAAAUGGAAGUUGUUUUCUGUUGGUGGUGAGCAAAUGUGUCCAACAAAGAUAUAGGAUAUGUUUGUUGUCUUAAGAGGGAAGGUGAUACAGGCUUUGGUUUUUCCAUUUAUGUUUUGAGGUUGGACUUUAGCACGUCUAUCUCGUUAGCACGUAGGACGCACUGAUUGGCGUCACCUCGUUAGUCAGUAUGUGUUACACCUGUGCUGGCUUGUCCAUCUCGUUAGUGAGAAGGUUUUUCACCUGAGCUGGUCCAGGUUCAAUUUAAGAGUGUCUGGCCCAGUGCUCUUGGUAGAUGUGACAAAUCAACACCUUUAGUUGCACCACCGUUUUGGUUUGCUUCCUGUUUUUAAGUUUGUUGUGGGUUUUUCUUUUGUUUGCCUCUUCUUGGGCAGAUUUAGUGGGUCUCAUGGUGGGUGUCUUUUAGGUCCCAGUUGUUGUUACUAGUCAACUUUCAGUGAACACUGAGAGCAAAACUUCAACAUUAUGUUAUUGUACUUUUAUUGUAUCAAAUGGUUGUUUUAUGCAACAGAAUAGAGGGUUCUUAGAACUAUUGUGUCUGUGUUCUACUGAGGGUGGGCCUCUGGGAGAAAACACUGACAGGAGAUUUACAAUGUCUUUUGGGUGAUUAAAACCUAAAGAGACAGUACUCCAGAUUAUGAGUUAAUGUUUCUGUUCUAUAUGUCACCAGGGAGAGAUGACCCCAGGGCCAGACCCUGGUUUCUACACAGAGUACUGUUUUUACAGCAGAUACUGUCUGCUGAGAAUUAUAAGUAUCUUUCGUACAAAUCUUAACCUUGUGACCCGUUCUAUACAUCUGUUGUUGGUCAUGUAGGUUGAAAGGGGUGUAUCUUAGCUAUAAAAGACCUUUGUACUUUUGUCUCGUGGCUCUCAACGAAUCAUCUGGGGGUGAUUUGUUGACCAGCCAAUAUUAUUGUAGAGCACUCAAUCGAUUCACUUUAUAUGUGUGUGUUGUAUUGACCUGCUCCCUUAAGUGAAUAAACAUUUAGUUUAAAAAUAAA